AUGAGAUUCGACCGAUUAUUGCCAGCUCUACUCUCCUUGUUUACAGCGGCAUCAGCCCAGACUUUGAGUGGCCUGGACUUUGAUGGCCGCGAUGAAGUGAGUCUGAUCUGGUUCUUUGAUGGCCAAACAACGGGGAGCUAUGACUUUUACCUCUGUGCUGGUGACGAGUCAACAGGCGUAUAUGAGUCUUUGACGCGAGUAAUCAGCGACAGCACCUACGCGCCUGGAGACCGCGUAUCCUUCCGAGUUGAUCAAGACGUCGGUGGAAACGAUCCCAAUGCGUACUUCCUCAAAGUCGUCCCUUCAAACACCAAGGAGCACUGGUCCGGAUUCACCUCGCACUUUACCUUGACAAACAUGAAGGGAACCUUCUCCACCACAAUCUCCAACGCCGUCAAAUCAAUCCAAUUCAUUCCCCUCCCUUUGAUACCCGAUGGAGACGCAAACCUACUCGACUCAUCCAACCUACCCCCAAUGCUCAACGGCUCAGUCCUCAACAGCGACGUGUCCGAUAAGAGCGAAUCACUGUUGCAAUUCCCCACGCCUACUAUUCCCACCGCGCUGGACCGCCAGGAGCUGCGAAAGCGUUACGUGGACCAGCACACUGUUCCAUAUGGAGAGCAAACAGGAUUGACCAAGUAUGCCCCGAUGCCCAAGCGAGCUGGUACCACUAUUGCGACUGGAUCGCCCACGCCACAAUACCCGCCUUUCCCUUUCUCUAUUGCGACUACCUACCUGGGGGCGCCGACGGUGCAGUACACGGACACCGCGUAUCUAACCUGGACUACACACAGUAUUGAGAACACGGCUGCCCCUGCUGCUGCUCCCACGCUGGAUAAGAGAAUGCAGCAAUGGCUGGAGCGUUGGAAGGAUUGA